GAUCCUCCUCUUGUUCCUCUUCCUCCUCCCCUCCUCCUCCUCCUCAUCGUCCUUUCCUGCAUCCUUGCCUCUCUUGGAACCGGGGGACAACCUGCGUUGUCAUCUCCUCCUCUGCCCGAGACCCGAAAGGACACGCAGCGACCGUGUCUGCCGGAGGAAGGCUGGCAAGGGGCUGAGCUGUGCCAGGGCCCUGGUAGGGGGAGGAAGUCUCCUGGGAGAGGAAGGGGCCCUGUCCUAUCACCAGCGGGAGAAACCCAGUGAGUGACCAGUCGGCGGGCUCGACUGAUGACUGGGGACGAUCUACCUCCACAUCCUUGAGCCGCAGCCUGGGCUGGGUCUGUCCGCUAGCUUUUCUCUACCAGACCCCAGUGUGACCUCGCUGUGGAGAACAACGGGCAGGCUGUCCCCGCACGCCCCCCUGCAGCUGGGCACCUCUGGAACCCUCUUUGCUCCUUGGCCCCGUCUUCCUCAUCCAUUCCUGCUCUUCCUCCUCCUCAGCCUCUCCCGUCCAUCUACUUCAUCUCCUCCAUCAAAGUGGUGUGGGAUAUUUUUCCCGUUAUGCAUGCGCACCUUUUUCACCAGACCCAAGUGGAUUAUCUGCCUCAAAAACGUCGGGUGUCGGUGCACACGCCUCCUCCCUGCCAGACCUGUGGGGUAUUCACCUGAUACACAACAGGUGGCUGGGUGCACACCUUUUGGUAACCAGAUCCAUGCUAUGUUCACCAGAUAACGGUGGUCCUGCACUUUUCUUCCGCAACUAGAACCCUGGGAUACUCAUCUGAUAAACGACUACCUCAGCCAGAACCUGGGGGAGAGCGAGGGGGGAGAAGGGUAGUGUCACUUACCUAACCAGAGACUAUGGCUGUGAGCCUUCAUCAUAGGGCCAAGGGAGCUCUCUAGAUAUCUACUCAUUCUGAAGGAACCAAGUUCCACACAAUUGGCGUUGUUUUUUUUUCCUAGUGAUUUGUGUAUUUGGCUAGUGCUCUGGGACAGUUUUCUGAUUAAGAAUAUUCUUAUUUUGGUUGAUUUGUGUUUGAUUCAAGGAUUGAGUUUAUUAUUACUAAGGUCAGGAUUAAAAGUAAUCUGCAUAGGAGGAAGGAUUUUUUUGUUUUGUUUUGUUUUGCUGUUUUCUUGUUCUUUAAAAAAAAAAAAUGCAUCCUCCAGAAACCACCACCAAGAUGGCUUCAGUUCGGUUUAUGGUGACACCAACAAAGAUCGAUGACAUUCCAGGUUUGUCAGACACCAGCCCGGACCUCAGCUCUCGUUCCAGUUCCCGUGUUCGGUUUAGCUCCCGGGAAAGUGUGCCUGAAACCAGCCGUAGCGAGCCGAUGAGUGAAAUGUCAGGGGCAACCACCUCAUUGGCAACUAUAGCUGUGGAUCCAGCCAGUGACCGGACCUCCAAUCCCCGAGAUGUUACAGAAGACCCAAGUCAGAACUCCAUCACAGGAGAACACAGCCAGCUGCUAGAUGAUGGGCAUAAGAAAGCUCGAAAUGCUUAUCUCAACAACUCCAAUUUUGAAGAGGGGGAUGAAUAUUUUGACAGAAACCUGGCACUCUUUGAGGAAGAGAUGGACACUAGGCCAAAAGUGUCUUCACUGCUUAGCCGCAUGGCUAAUUAUACUAAUUUGACACAAGGAGCAAAGGAGCAUGAAGAAGCAGAGAAUAUUGCAGAAGGGAAAAAGAAGCCCUCCAAGAGCCCCCAAAUGGGUACUUUCAUGGGUGUGUACCUCCCGUGUCUUCAGAAUAUUUUUGGAGUGAUCCUCUUUCUUCGGCUCACAUGGGUGGUGGGCACAGCUGGAGUUCUUCAGGCCUUUGCCAUUGUCCUCAUCUGCUGCUGCUGUACAAUGCUCACUGCUAUCUCCAUGAGUGCCAUUGCUACCAAUGGUGUGGUGCCAGCUGGAGGCUCAUACUUCAUGAUUUCCCGAGCAUUAGGGCCAGAGUUUGGUGGAGCAGUGGGCCUCUGCUUCUACCUUGGCACCACGUUUGCAGCAGCCAUGUAUAUCCUUGGUGCCAUUGAGAUAUUCCUGAUCUACAUUUUUCCCCGAGCUGCCAUUUUCCGAAGUGAUGAUGCCCUUAAGGAAUCAGCAGCCAUGCUAAAUAACAUGCGUGUCUAUGGCACAGCCUUCUUGGUCCUUAUGGUGCUGGUGGUGUUUGUUGGCGUACGCUACGUGAACAAGUUCGCCUCGCUCUUCUUGGCCUGCGUCAUUGUAUCUAUCUUGGCCAUUUAUGCUGGGGCCAUCAAAUCUUCCUUUGCCCCUCCAAAUUUUCCAGUUUGCAUGUUGGGCAACCGCACUCUUUCUUCAAGACACAUUGAUGUUUGCUCAAAGACCAAGGAAAUGAACAACAUGACGGUCCCUUCAAAACUGUGGGGCUUCUUCUGUAACUCUAGCCACUAUUUCAAUGUCACCUGUGAUGAUUACUUUGAGCACAACAAUGUCACAUCAAUCCAGGGCAUCCCUGGUUUGGCUAGUGGAAUCAUUGUGGAGAAUCUUUGGAGUAACUAUCUACCAAAGGGAGAGCUAAUUGAGAAGCCGUCGGCCAAAUCUUCUGAUUUCUUAGGCAACUUGAAUCACGAGUAUGUGCUUGUUGACAUUACCACCUCUUUCACUCUCCUGGUUGGAAUCUUCUUUCCCUCUGUCACAGGUAUCAUGGCUGGAUCAAACAGGUCUGGAGAUUUGAAGGAUGCUCAAAAAUCCAUUCCCAUUGGUACCAUUCUUGCCAUCCUGACCACCUCUUUUGUUUAUUUAAGCAGUGUUGUCCUCUUUGGGGCAUGCAUUGAAGGGGUUGUUCUCCGGGAUAAGUUUGGAGAUGCAGUGAAAGGAAAUUUGGUGGUAGGUACUUUAUCUUGGCCAUCCCCAUGGGUCAUUGUUAUUGGUUCCUUCUUCUCAACUUGUGGGGCUGGACUGCAGAGCCUCACCGGUGCCCCGAGGCUGCUACAGGCUAUUGCCAAGGACAACAUCAUACCAUUCCUUCGGGUGUUUGGACACAGCAAAGCCAAUGGGGAGCCUACCUGGGCCUUACUCCUUACUGCUGUCAUUGCGGAACUAGGGAUCCUCAUUGCUUCCCUGGAUCUUGUGGCCCCAAUCCUUUCCAUGUUUUUCUUGAUGUGUUACCUCUUCGUGAACCUGGCAUGUGCCUUGCAGACUCUGCUUCGAACACCCAAUUGGAGACCCCGGUUCCGCUACUACCACUGGGCACUCUCCUUCAUGGGCAUGAGCAUCUGUGUGGCCCUGAUGUUCAUUUCAUCCUGGUAUUAUGCCAUUGUGGCCAUGGUGAUAGCUGGUAUGAUCUACAAGUACAUUGAGUACCAAGGUGCUGAGAAAGAGUGGGGCGAUGGGAUCCGGGGACUGUCCCUAAGUGCAGCUCGCUUUGCCCUGCUACGGCUAGAGGAAGGGCCUCCACACACAAAGAAUUGGAGGCCUCAAUUGCUGGUGAUGCUGAAACUAGAUGAGGACUUACAUGUUAAACAUCCUCGCCUCCUAACUUUUGCCUCACAGCUCAAAGCUGGCAAAGGUCUCACUAUUGUGGGCUCUGUUCUUGUGGGAAACUUCUUGGAAAACUAUGGUGAGGCAUUAGCUGCUGAACAGACCAUUAAGCACCUGAUGGAGGCAGAGAAAGUGAAGGGCUUUUGCCAGCUGGUGGUGGCAGCCAAACUGAGGGAGGGCAUCUCCCAUCUCAUCCAGUCUUGUGGCCUUGGGGGCAUGAAACACAAUACUGUGGUGAUGGGUUGGCCCAAUGGCUGGCGCCAGAGUGAAGAUGCCCGUGCCUGGAAGACUUUCAUUGGCACAGUUCGGGUGACAACAGCUGCCCAUCUUGCCCUACUGGUAGCCAAAAAUGUCUCCUUCUUUCCCAGUAAUGUGGAACCAUUUGCUGAGGGCAACAUUGAUGUGUGGUGGAUUGUGCAUGAUGGGGGGAUGCUCAUGCUCUUACCAUUCCUGCUUAAACAGCAUAAGGUGUGGCGUAAGUGUGCCAUCCGUAUCUUCACGGUAGCCCAGUUAGAAGACAACAGCAUCCAGAUGAAGAAGGACCUGGCUACCUUCCUGUAUCACCUCCGAAUUGAGGCAGAGGUAGAAGUGGUAGAGAUGCAUGACAGUGACAUAUCAGCCUAUACCUACGAGCGCACUCUGAUGAUGGAACAAAGAUCUCAGAUGCUACGGCACAUGCGACUCUCCAAAACGGAACGAGAAAGAGAGGCACAGUUGGUUAAAGAUCGGAAUUCAAUGCUACGCCUUACCAGCAUUGGCUCUGAUGAGGAUGAAGAAACAGAGACCUAUCAGGAAAAAGUGCACAUGACUUGGACAAAGGACAAGUACAUGGCAUCCCGGGGACAUAAACCCAAGACAUUAGAGGGAUUCCAGGACCUACUCAACAUGCGACCAGAUCAGUCUAAUGUGAGGCGGAUGCAUACUGCUGUAAAGCUGAAUGAGGUGAUUGUCAACAAGUCCCAUGAAGCAAAGUUGGUAUUGCUGAACAUGCCAGGGCCACCCCGAAACCCUGAAGGUGAUGAGAAUUGUUUCAAUUCUCCACAAAAAUCUCAGAUGAUCUGGCACUUUGCUGCCAUUCCCACUGGACCAGAGGGCUGUUUUCUGUAUACGUGAUGCUGAACUUUUGCGGAGCUGAGCCUCAAGACCUCCUCUGUCCCUGUACUUUAGUGCAAAGGGAACUGGAGGUGCCCUUCUUCCCACUUGACCCUCAUCCUUCCUCUAAAAGAAGCAAGUCAAAUGAGAUGCGUGUAAAAUGCUUUGUGACUAGAAAGCAGGACCUAAAUGUGAGUUACUCCCUCAUCAUCAUUGGAACCUAAAAAUCUUGUCAUCACCCAGUUUAGUGUACAUUAUAACCAGAAGAGAAAAAGAGAUAAGGCAGAAAGGAGCCAGGAUCAGAGGGUAAAUUUAAAUAGGACAGGAGGCACAGUCAUUUUGCUUUGGGCAAGACGGAAGCUGCAAGAUGGAUCUCAGAAACCUUUACUCAGUUGUGAUCUCCUGCAGAAACUUUAACUCCAGGAAGUUCAUUCCAAGGAUGAUGCUCAGAGAAGUAUAACAACAUUCCAGCCAAAAAAAUCUAUAGCCACAAGUAUACGGCAACCCAGUCUCUCUAUAACAGACCCAUCUGGAAAACUUUCUCAGCUCAUCUUCAGUGCGCUUGCCUUCCAAGGACCUCAUUCUAUGUUGUGGUACUACAAAGAAUGAAACUAACCUAUACACAAAGCCCUUUCUGCAAGAACUUAGAAACCAUUCCUCAAUAGAUGCUGCUCUUUAGUCUGAUCCCAGGUUAAAGCAUGUGUGUACGUUGUAUGUACAUUGAAUGUUUCACAUUUUCCCAAAUUCGGCCCAUUCCAUAGUAUUAUGUAAGGCAUUGUUACACUGGAAAUUACUUUUUUUUAAAAAAGGAGUGUUGUCUAGGUGAUUGAAUCAUUCAUGGAAACCCCAGCUAGGUGCUCAGAAUGACACAACUAUUGUCCAUGGACACUUAUAGGUGAGUGACUUGGACAAAAUAAACAAACUGGAUGUCAGUAAUGAGAAAUUUACUGGGCUUAUCUCCCCUUUCCUCCCAUCCUCUGUUAGUAGGCACAGAGCAAACAGGGAGACUGGCUGAUCUGCCCUAAAGAUAAUUAGAUCACUUAAAAUAAGAUGGGCUUAUAUUUUGAGGGUGAAUUCAGCAAUGGAAUUGAAAGUUCUGGUGCCAUACAUUAAUUCACAGUGCCAAAGUCACUGAGUUGCUAAAUUCCCUUCGUUCCUUCUCAAAGUGACUCAGAAUAUGAAUUGGCAUUGGCCUUGCUGAAGAAAUUCCAGGUUCUUUCGUUUUGUGGCCUGGCUUUUGGAGUUGAGAUGAAGUGAGAGAAGUUAAUAGCACUGCACAGACAAUUUAAGAAAUAAGGUUUUUGUUUGGUUUUGUCUUAGGGUGGGAGGUGGGGGAGGGCAUUGCCCUUUCCCUCAAUUUCCUCCUUUACUCUGAUUGUAAAGACCUGGCUCUAGACUCAGAGAUCAGUCAGACGCCUUGUGAUUGCCAAUUUCCUUUGCAUUCUCAGAAUGCUAUGAAGUACUGGACUGAGGGGAUAAUUUUACAAGUUAAAUAGUCUUUCCUUUUUUUUUUUCUUUUUUUUUUUUUUUUGGCCAAUCACCAAGAUACUGCUUCCAGGCAUAGGAAAUCUUUGCCUUAUAUGGCUGUGGCAGUAAUUUCAGACACCUGAACUUAGUCUGAAAUCUUUCUGUUACAGAAAGAUUCAUGUAUAGGGACCACUCCACCUUGCCUAGGCCCGUGCCACUUCGUGGACUCAGCUGUUACUUGACUAAACUGAAAAUAGUUAUAAUCUCUCUUCCUUCUUUACUCAGUAGCAUUUGAGAAUGUGCAACAUUCUGAUGAUUCAACUAGCUCCAUGGACAAAGAAGGCAGCCAUUCAGUAUAACUAAAGAAACCCAUCAGUAGACACAAAUUAGAAUAGUGAAAAACGAAUCAAAUUUAAUUCCUGUCUUUCUGGACGGAAGCAGCUCCUGUUUCUUCUUCCAAUGUGUCAGGAAAACACCUUGUUUAUACCUUGUGUUGCACCUUUUAUUCCUUGUUUCCCUCUACCAAUUUCCUUUUUAUGGUGUGGACUGGAGUUCAAUGCCAGAAGAUUCCCUCCUUGCUCUGCCCACAAGCCUAGACUUUUGCAACCUGAUACUCCAAAAAUCAUUUCAUCUCCUCAUGGGCUUUUUAGUUUCUCUGAGCAGCACCCUCCAGUCCAAAAAGGUGAUAUUUUUAGAGAUUAGGUAGAUUAAGUUAAAUGUAAUCUAGACAGAAAAAUGAAAGGGAAUUCUCCCUGAAGUUUAUAGUCAGAAUAUUUUAAAGGGGUGAGGGAACUGGAGGUUAUUUGUAUAGCCCCUCUGCCUCCAUCUAUUUCUUUUUUUAAAUCACUGUUACAUGGCAGAGUAUUGUCCCCUGCUCAAACUCUCCCAUUUCUGUGUGGGUCACUGUAUAUGAGUGUAUUUUGUCUCUUGUGUCUAACAUGUCUCUCAAUCACUGCAAAGUAGAGCAAUACUGAAAACUCAUCAAGAGAAUGCACCUUAGGGAAGGGGGCUGUCUGCUUUGACAGAGGUAAGGGAGGGGAAGAAACUUCUACCUUUGGGACAAGAUCAAAUUUGGAGAUUUAGCCAUAAUAUUCCCAGGAAGUGUAGUGUCAAACAUCCUCUUGCUAUUGGUCUAUGCCUUCACUAGCUGGAUUAAAAAUCAUACUGAGGCCAGUCUUUUAGCAGGGGAAAGAUCACUACUUCAUAUUCAUACAUGCCUCACAGCUUCCUGAGGCAGCUGGGGACUGCCUCUCCCUAAGGAACCCAUUCCCUACCCUGUGAUGGAUUAAGCACAGUCACCUUCCUCUGUCCCUAAGUUACAAUAAUAUGACAGGUAGAAAAUGCCCAGGUUCAGUCUGGUAUUAACAAUUCUUUUUUCUUUUUUUUCUUCUCAUCAUGUAGAAUCUGAAGCUAGCAUUAGUUUCUCAAAUCUGCCACAAGUGUCUCCAGCCGUAUUUGUCCCCUUUAAUAUCAUUUAGAGGUAGAACCUUUAUUUUAAGGAAAAUGGAUUUAAGGAACUCAUGCAACUUUGUUUUCUUUUCCAAGAGCCACUCUGAGCAGUUUAAUUUAUUGAGAGGAGAGGCCGAAGCAGCCACUCUUUUGUUUACACGGAAUUAGGGUUUUGAUUGUUGUUUUUGCUCUGUAUCGGAAACAUAAAUAAAGUUUUUUACAUUAUUUUCA